CUGCUUUUCUUCCCAAAGAAGAAGAACAGGGGAAAACAGGGCAUAACAACAAUGGGCUCCUCUGGUUUCUCCCCUGUUUUAUCAUCAACCCUCAUCAUCACCCUUCUCCUCGUAUGUUCCACCUCCUAUGGCGCUCCCACCCACCAUCCCAACAAGAGAAUUCACAACCACCACCGCGUUUCCAGCCACAAUUACAAGGACGCCCUGACCAAGUCGAUCCUCUUCUUUGAAGGGCAGAGGUCGGGGAAGCUGCCCCGCAACCAGAGGAUGAAGUGGAGGGGAAACUCCGGCUUGUCCGACGGAUCGGCUGCCAACGUGAACCUCGUCGGAGGGUAUUACGACGCAGGGGACAAUGUGAAGUUCGGUUUCCCGAUGGCUUUCACCACCACGAUGCUGUCUUGGAGCGUGAUCGAGUUCGGCGGGAUGAUGAAGGGGGAAUUGCCCCACGCCAAACAGGCGAUUCGUUGGGCGACAGAUUACUUGCUCAAAGCCACUGCACAUCCCGAUACCAUUUACGUCCAGGUCGGAGAUGCCAACCGCGACCAUGCGUGUUGGGAAAGACCGGAGGACAUGGACACGACUCGAACGGUCUACAAAAUCGACAGGAACACCCCUGGCUCCGAAGUCGCGGGCGAAACAGCAGCGGCUCUCGCGGCGGCGUCCAUGGUGUUCAGAAAGAGCAAUCCUUCUUACUCCAAACUCCUAUUGAGCAGAGCAAUGAGAGUGUUCCAUUUCGCCGACACGUACCGUGGAUCCUACAGUAGCGGCGGGCUACGGAACGUAGUUUGCCCCUUCUACUGCUCCUUCUCGGGUUAUCAGGACGAACUGCUGUGGGCCGCAGGUUGGCUCCACAAGGCCACAAAACUUCCCUCCUACCUCAGCUAUGUUAAAUCCAACGCGCGCAACCUAGGAGCCGAUGAAUACGACAACAUCUUUGGCUGGGACAACAAACACGCGGGCGCCCGAAUCCUCCUCUCCCGCUCCUUCCUCCUCAACAAAAUUUCCGACUUCGAGGACUUCAAGGACCACUCGGACAACUUCAUAUGCUCAAUUAUACCCGGCGUGCCUUCCUAUUCCUCUCAGUACACUCCGGGAGGUCUUCUGUUCAAAUUGAAAGAGUACAAUUUGCAAUAUGUGACAUCGACUUCAUUCUUGCUACUAACGUAUGCCAAGUACUUGGCCCUUUCGGGCAAGUCGGUGGAGUGUGGUGGGACCCUGAUUCGGGCUGGAAAGCUGAGAUCAAUUGCGAAGAGACAGGUGGAUUAUUUGCUUGGAGAGAAUCCUCUCAACAUGUCUUACAUGGUUGGGUAUGGGAAGAAGUACCCACGAAGGAUACACCACAGAGGUUCGUCUUUGCCGUCGGUUCGGGUUCACCCGGGUCGGAUUCCGUGCUCCUCCGGAUUCCAGAUGAUGUAUUCUCAGUCGCCCAACCCGAACGUGUUGGUGGGUGCGGUUGUGGGCGGGCCGGAUCAGGGCGAUAGGUUCCCGGACCAGAGGAAUGAUUAUGACCAUUCCGAGCCAGCAACUUAUAUCAAUGCACCGUUGGUUGGGACAUUGGCUUACCUUGCCCACAUAUUUGGGCAAAUAUGA